AUGGCAGGAAUUGGCUACUUCUCCAACUCAGGCAAUUACCAUAUCUUUGCCGAUCAACGAACCGAGGAACAGAUAUGGGCAGAUGCGAGAGCAGAGAUCAAAGCAAAGAACGAGGCAUUUAUCCGUAAGCGCGAUGCAGCUCGAGCAAAGAAGAAAGCAGAGGAAGAAGGACGAGUCAAAGAAGGAUCGGACCCCGCGAAAGGAGUUCAGCCCGGAGAGGUUGGUAGUUUCGGUUCGGCUUCUGUGAAUCCAGAAACAUCCCGCUCUGGGGGAGAUCCAAGCUCAGGUCAACCCACAAACCCCUCCAAUCGCCCUCCCUCCAUCCUUCUUUCAGGUUCUUCGCCUAAGGAUCCCCCACCGCCUCCCGCCAGCUCAGCAUCCACUUCGAACCAUAGUGGCGACCAGUCCCAGGCGCUGGGACAUGUCGCCUCAGAUACUACCCGGCUGUCCGCUACGCACACAGAUACUCCACCGACCUCUCCGACAACAAUCAGUUUCGCCGAUACGGCCGCAAAGUCGUCGUCAGGGGUCUCAGCGCCAAAGCCGGAGAAGAAAUCAAGCUUGAAGAAUCUGUUUAGAACGAGGAGGAAGUCGUAUCAGGAGAAGGAGGACCAGAACAGCCUUGGUUCCUAG